UCUUGAGCCUAUUGGCAAAUAUAAGUAUUAAGAGCUUAUAAUCACUGUAAAGUAAGGUAAUGGGACAGAGAUUAUUUAUUUGCUUUGUGUCUUUGCCUGGUUUGGAUAUAAGAACAAUUAACCCUUGCUUCAUAGUGGAAGUUAGGGAAUUAUCACGAAUACAUUCAAGAAAGCCUUGAAACAGAAAAGGUGCAUUCACACAUAGGGGUGCAAAAAUGGGGUAUGCAGCAUAUGCAGUGCAAAGGGGGGACGCCAUUGUGCCAAAAUCAUUCUUUGAAAAUCUUUCAUUUUUAUUUAACUUUUGAAACAUUUUUAUUUAACUUUUGUUUAGCAUUUUAGAUGAGUUCAAAACUGUAUUUUAUUAUAUCAAGUGAUAUAAUAUCAAUAUCUCCGGCAUUGCUCUAAGUCUGUCACAGACACAGUCGCAUGACCAAAAUGGAUCGAGGAGAGAAGAGUCCUGGGCCGCAAAACAGAAAAAGAAAAAGGGGGAAUGAAAACCAGUGCAUUAAAAUGAGGACAGCAGUGUUCAAGUGGAUCAACAGAGAUUGGUAGCCUUGAAGUUAAUCAACAUUUAACGUCGUUGCCUGAGAGGGCAAAGUGAUUAACAUUAAGAUCAGUUCAUGUCUGAGUAUCUCCGUCGCUCAAAAAAAUUAAAAAGUUGCGGUAUGGUUGUGAAUGUGCAUUCGAUUUACAUUCGAGAGAAACUGAGGAGAUUGUUAAAAUUGAGCCUCCCGACCAAACACAACCUGGUUAUUGGGCUUUUUGCCUCUUCCUCUGUUAAUGCAGACGAGCAUGUUAUGUACGGUGGCCGAGAAGUGCAAAACAAAUCACAAAUAUGAAAACCAAAUAACAAGUCUAAAAACAAAACAGUACCAUGGGAAGUACCGUGGUAAUUCCACCACAUAUGCCAGCUUGGCAGUUGUGGACCACAUGACCAUGUCCUUCCAGAGAGUUGUAAUUAACAUGUCUGGGGGAAAACACAAGCUUUUUAUCCAAAUCCACGUCCAUUUCCCAAUCUCGGGCAAUCUGUAGAAUGCGUGCAUCAGUUAACGUUGCGUGGUUCUCUGGAGGUUGGCCUACCGAUAAAAAUAGUAUAAUGUGGACAUUUCUUUUUGAUAUUUGUUAUAAAUGCAAGGUUUUCAUUGAUUAUACAUGCAGUGUUUACUUUUGGGGGGUAAUCCUGAACAUAUUUCAGUUCAGUCAAGUCAUUUUCUGAACUGUGUAGUAGAAAAUGUCGUGCUGACCUCAUCUCAGGCCACCACACAGAUAUGAUAGUGACAGACCUUUCUAAAUAACCUUUUGAGUUUAUAUAACUGGACUCAUCCAUUCAGAAUCCUGGUUUUGAAUGCAGGUCUGUGCUGGCGUCACUGACCAAUCAGAGCAGGGCAGAUCGCUGAGGGCGUGGCUUUGGACUAGAGUGGUUGUUAUUUUUAGCUCGGGGUAUUUCCGAUCCCGCGGUGAUCCUCCUCCAGUCCGCGUUUUCCAGCUUUUCUCUCUCUCUCUCUCUCUCUCUCUCUCUCUCUCUCUCUCUGGUCAUCAAUGCCCGAGCGCCGGUGCUGAGCUCUGCGUCCAUUUUCCCCCUUCCUUCCAUGCAUUUAAGAAACAUUGAAGAAACACACAACCCUGGAAAAGUGAAGAAGAAGAAAACCUCAGGGAUUGAAAGCGCACUGGAUGUUUUGUUUUUUGUUUGUUUUUACUUCAAGGUACGACGACGCUUUUUUUUUUUAAUUAAUUUUUUUUUUUUGAGCGAUGGGUUAGGACGGAUUUGAACAGGAUGGCAAAAUAACCGGGCUCCUUCUGCACAUCUGCACGUCCGGAGAGGGUGAGAUUAAGCUUCAUCCUCCCUCCUGAAUACACACUUCUGUCAUCAAGGGUUUUUUAUGAUCCAUAUAGCUGGAGAAAAGAAUCCAUUGCAUUUGCCAUGUGUAGAAAUGAAGCAUGGGUGUAAGGAUGGAUUUAAGCAUGGGUUUCAUGAUCAUGAAUUCCAGUUUUGUUGCCUUAACCAAUUCCUCAUUCUCUCCAUCUAUUAUCCAUCUAUUAUUACUAUUAUUAUUACUAGCUGGAGACAAUAAUACUCGCCUGAAAUUCUUGUUCUUUGUGUUUUGCUCCAAAUUGGAGCCUUGAAUAUUGUGUAUGCAUUUCAGCUUUUUUUUUUUUAUUUUUUAAAGAAAAAAGAUGCUCUUUAAUAAUAGGCCUCUAUUCUAGCAGAUUACGCACGUGUACAUGAAUUUACCCGAAAUAAUAACCGUGCACUGAUUAAACCUGACUUUUCGUGUGUGUGCGCGUGUGUGCGCGUGUGUGUUGUAGCGUGUGUGUGUGUGUGUGUGUGUGUGAAUAUGGCUGCUCCGCUCGCGCACCGGGGCCUGGCCGACAUGCCGGACCUGAGCCACCUCACCGACGAAGAGAGGAGGAUCAUCCUCGACGUCAUGGACCGCCAGAAAAGAGAAGAGGAGAAGGAACAGUCCAUGCUGAAGGUCAAAGAAGAUCCAAAGCCUCAGUCGGCGCAGUGGUUCAAAAGUCCCUUUAGCGGGAUCACGGACCUGGUUAAUAAUGUUCUCCAGCCGCAGACUAAGUCCCAAAAUGAGCCUCAAACAGAAGCAGCGACGGAGGAGCCGGAAAAGAAGCUGCACCAGCAGUUCGAGUCGUAUAAGGACCAGGUGAAGAAGAUGGCGGAGGAGUCUCAGACCACUCCAGAGCAGAAAAGCGAGGCUCCCAUCUGCGGAAUUUGCCACAAGACCAAGUUUGCUGAUGGCUGCGGUCACCUCUGUUCAUAUUGCCAAACCAAGUUCUGCGCCCGCUGUGGGGGAAGAGUGUCUCUCCGCUCCAACAAGGUAAUGUGGGUAUGUAACUUGUGCCGAAAACAACAAGAAAUCCUCACAAAAUCUGGAGCAUGGUUCUACAGCGGCCCGGGCUCCACGAUGCCUCCGGAGGUCACCGGGGUCAUGCGCAGACGCCAUGAGGAGGCCCCUCAAGAGAAGAAAGCCAAACUGCAGGAUGCUUCAUUAUUAUAUCACAGCACCACAGUGGAGCGCAGCAGGGCCCCCAGUCUCCUUCGUCAACGCUCCCUUGACCCCGAAAGGAAAAGAAGCCCUUCGGCGUCUAGGGAGCCAAAUCCGAACUACCAAAGGGAGGAGCGUCCAUCGCACUAUGCCCCAGGACAAAGUGGCAUGCCACGAUCACCCUCUGACUACGGUCGCCCCUACGAGGACGCCCAGUCAGCUCGGGCGUCAUACCGCGCCCGACGUGGUGCCUGGCACUCCCAGGAGGAGGAGCAGCACCCUCCCGAGCCAGGCUUGGUGUCCGAGCGUGAUCUCCAUCGCCAGGACGAGUGCCACACGCGCUACCGGAGUGACCCAAACCUGGCGCGGUACCCAGUGAAGCCGCAGCCAUACGAGGAACAGAUGCGCAUGCAUGCCGAGAUGUCACGUUUCCGCCAUGAGCGGCGCCACAGCGACGUCUCCCUGGCGUGCACCGAGGCCGAAGAACGGCCCGGUGCCUGGCGUUAUGGUCAUGUCCAGUCCCACGGCCCCUCCUACGGUCACCUGCCCUCCAACCCUGGUCCUCGGGACAAGACGGAGAACCUGCUGCGCAACGACUCGCUUAGCUCGGACCAGUCGGAGUCUGUGCGUCCACCACCACCGAGACCUCAUAAAAGCAAGCGAGGAGGCAAAGCAAGGCGGGCCUCACUGAGCAGCUCAGAUGAAGAGCUUCCCACCACACCCGAGUACACCAGCUGCGAGGAUGUAGAGAUUGAGAGCGAGUCGGUCAGUGAGAAAGACUCCACAAAAGACGAGGGAGACACAGAUGAAGCAGACUGGAUGAAAGUGUGCAGAAUGGAGGAGUGA